CAAGCAAGAAAAUUAAGAGAGUCCUUGUCUAUUACUUCGGAUAUAUCCAUCGACGUAGUUAGACAUUCCCUUCUUUGAUUAUCCUUUCGGGUUGCGAACAUCUUGAGAGCUAAGAAAUUUACCUUGCGCAAGAUGCCGGCAGAAAUCCACGGGAUCAAGUCCAGCGACAUACACGCCAAGAUUCAGCUCCUCAUCGACGGACUGGUAAAUAUCAAAGACCAGACUGGGGAAUUCUUGUUGACACUAGAAGAUGGUCGCGUAAUCGACACGAAAGGAUGGAACGACUGGGAAUGGACCCAUGGUAUUGGCCUCAACGGAAUUUGGGCUUACUACUCGCUUACCGGAGAUGAAAAAUAUCUCAAGAUUAUCGAAGAUUGGUUUGCCAACCGAUUCGCAGCCGGGGGCACUACGAAGAACAUUAAUACCAUGGCUGUAUUUCUAACACUAGCCUACGUAUAUGAGAAGACGGGAAACCAGACCUAUCUCCCCUGGCUAGACAGUUGGGGAGAAUGGGCAUACCAUGACCUGGAGAGAACCAAAUAUGGCGGCAUGCAGCACAUUACAUAUUUAGAGGUGAACGAUCAGCAGCUAUGGGAUGAUACACUUAUGAUGACCGUCAUGCCCCUGGCUAAGAUUGGAAAGCUACUUAACAGGCCUCAUUACGUCGACGAAGCGAAGCGUCAAUUUCUCAUUCACGUAAAAUACCUAUUCGACACGAAGUCCGGAUUGUUCUUCCACGGCUGGACGUUCCACGACGGAGGUCACAAUUUCGCAAACGCCUUAUGGGCCAGGGGAAACGCAUGGCUGACAAUUGUAAUCCCCGAAUUCUUGGAAUUGCUAGACCUACCCGCCAACGACCCGAUUCGAAAUCACCUUCUAGAUACGCUGAAUGCGCAAUGCGAGUCCCUCAAGCCGCUGCAGACGUCGUCGGGCUUGUGGCGCACGCUUCUCGACCAACCGGAAGAAGAAGGCUCUUACGUCGAAUCGAGCGCGACGGCGGGCUUUGCCUUUGGAAUCCUCAAGGCACAGAGAAAGAAGUAUAUCGGGAAGAAAUACGAAACCGUAGCCCUUAAGGCUAUACGGGCGGUGCUGGAUAACGUUGAUGCCGAUGGAGAGCUCCUGAAUACGUCCUUUGGUACGGGUAUGGGUCACACGUUGCAGCAUUACAAGGAUAUUCCAAUUACGAGCAUGCCGUAUGGGCAGGCGAUGGCUAUCAUGGCCCUAGUUGAGUUUCUAAGAGUAUUUAUCUAAAUCGCAGAUCCUAUCAGAUCCCCUGAUAUGCAAUCAACGUGAC